UCCUUACACACAGUUAGUGGAGCCGAUAACGAAGGACGUAAUUCAUCGAUGUAACUUUUAACUACAUUCAUAACGCGUCUCUUGAUCGGUGCCGUCCCUCGUCUGGCAUCAAGCUUGCCACAAUGAGGAAAGCAACUUCCGGUACACACUUUCAGUAUCUUAGCUAGCAAGGAAACUGCCCACGUUUCCGGUAUUCGUGAUGUUAAACCCGCCAGUGCGACACACGUCCCGCAGUUUGACUUCUGAGUUCCUCUAAGCAUGGAAAACACACCUCAGUGCAGCAGCUUUACCUCUGAGUAAAGUUCAUAUAAGUUACACGUCCUACUAUGGAUUCCUCUACUAACAGCUUGGACGACGCAUCUGCAGAUGGCAGUGCCGACUUUGCGGAUCGAGCUUCCAUGAUGGAGGUGCGUCUGCAGGCACAGGAGGACGAGAUCACGCUGCUCAAGUCCUCGCUGGCCGACGCCCUGCGUAAGCUUCGCCUCCAUGAUCAGCUUCUACCGUUACUGAAACAGCAGCUCAUUGCAGUGAACCCAAGUGCUGCUGGGGUGCUGAACCAAGUGUGUUGGACAGGUAGCACAAGACUUUCCUCCAGCUCAGCCAUUGAUGGAAUCCGCUCCACAACCAGUCAACUGUCAGACAGCAUUGUGACCAAUGCCAAUGGCCACAUAGAAAGCCCAGUGUCCAUGACGCCAAGACCCAGACCCGCAACACAAGACAGGUCAACCCAGACAGAGCCCGCCCUCCCAGGGCAGGACACUGGCCAGAAAAGGGUCCCUCUCCCCAAGCGUGCCGAGAGCCUGCAACUCGAGGACGCCCUCCCUUCGGGGAAGCCUUUGGUUGAGGGGACACUGGCCAAGCUGCAUCGUGUCCCCGGCUGUGAAGAGGAAGAUAAGGAGGAAGAAGAAAAAGGAGGAGGGGAACAGGAAAAGGAGCUGAGUUGGACGUCGUCUGUGGAGGAGCCUAUUCAGCCCACAACGAUCAGAUGCCUCCAGAGGGACGAUUGCCAGGAUAGGAGCUGCUCCCCAGAGGAACUGGCCUCACCCUCGACAUCGGUCAGAACCUCAGACUCCAACCUCAGCUCCCGCUCCGGCCCCCUGUCCCCCAUCCAGGAAGGAGAGAAGAAACCGCUGGUUCGUAGGAACAGCGAAAAACUGGGGAACCCGGAGAAGCAGAGGAAACGUCUGGACAAGAAGGCGGCGUCCUCGGCCAACCUCCUCAGCCGCUCCCCGAGCCUGGAUAACCGAGCGAAAGAGCUGGUCAGCGGUGCAGGACCCCCCGGAUCCAGAAGAGGAACUUACAGCCAAGAACAGUCAAUCAAAAUGUUCAUCCGAGGCCGGCCAAUAACCAUGUACAUCCCCUCCAACAUCCAGAACUAUGAAGACCUGAAGAUGGAGCCCCCCUUUGAGAGACUGGAGUUGGACUGGGUCUAUGGUUACCGGGGUCGCGACUGCCGGGACAACCUGUACUUCCUUCCAUCGGGCGAGGCAGUGUUCUUCAUCGCCUGCGUUGUCGUGCUUUACCACAUCAACAACCGCACUCAACGGCACUAUGACAAGCACACCGAUUGCGUCCGCUGUCUGACGCUCCACCCUGACAAGGUGCGCAUGGCGUCUGGCCAGACAGCAGGCGUGGAUAAAGACGGCAAGCCCCUGCAUCCUUGCGUUCACAUUUGGGACUCCACCACCCUGGUAACCCUCCAGCAGAUCGGCCUGGGAGCCUUCCAGAGGGGAGUUGGAUGCGUUGCCUUUUCCUUUGCUGACUCUGGCGCGUUCUUGUGUGUGAUCGACGAUUCUAAUGAACACAUGCUGUCGGUUUGGGACUGCAACAAGGGGACCAGGCACGCAGAGGUCAAGAACACCAACGAGGCAGUGUUCUGCGUGGAGUUUAACUCCAACGACAGCACCAACAUCAUCACCUGUGGCAAGUCCCACGUCUACUUUUGGACACUGAGUGCGGGACAGUUCACCAAGAAGCAAGGCAUCUUUGGGAAAUACAAGAAGCCCAAGUUCAUCCAGUGCUUUGUGUUCAGUCUGACUGGCGACGUUCUGACUGGAGACUCUGAGGGAAACAUCCUCACGUGGGGCAAAUCAGCUGCAGAUGUCAAAACGCUCGGUAAAGGAGCCAAAGAGACCUUUCAGAUCAUGCGACAGACACGAGCCCAUGAAGGCAGCGUGUUCACCCUGUGCAGCCUGCAAGGAGGCGCUGUGCUCAGCGGAGGAGGGAAGGACCGCAAGAUCAUCCGCUGGAGCGCCGACCUGGCACCCGAAAGAGAGUGUGAGAUUCCAGAAAAUUAUGGAGCGGUCCGUACCAUUUCAGAUGUGGAUGGAGAGGAGCUACUAGUUGGUACAACCCGUAACGCCAUCCUGAGAGGCACCUUCUCUGAUGGAUUUGUGGCCAUAGUACAGGGUCACAUGGAUGAGAUGUGGGGGCUUGCCACACACCCCUCUCAGAACAUCUUCAUCACCUGCGGCCAUGACAGACAGGUGUGUUUGUGGAAGACAGAGGAACACAAGCUGGACUGGUGCAUCACACUGGAGGAGUACGGCUUGUGUGCUGACUUCUGCCCCAAUGGGUCAGUGGUUUCAGUCGGCCUUAGCACAGGAAGGUGGAUGGUUCUUGACCUGCUGACCAGAGAGGUGGUCUCUGAGUCCAUUGAUGGGAACGAGCAGCUGUCAGUCAUGCGAUACUCACCAGACGGCAGCUUUUUAGCUGUUGGAUCCCAUGACAACUUUAUCUACAUCUACAAUGUGACUGAGAGCGGCCGGCGGUAUACUCGCUUUGGGAAAUGUAACGGCCACUCCAGCUUCAUAACUCACCUGGAUUGGUCCAAAGAUGGAAAGUACAUCAUGUCCAAUUCAGGCGACUAUGAGAUCCUUUACUGGGACGUAGCAGCAGGGUGUAAACUGCUGAGGAAUCGCUUUGAGAGUAAAGACAGGGAAUGGGCCUCUUAUACGUGUGUGCUGGGCUUCCAUGUCAUGGGUGUGUGGUUGGAGGGCUCUGAUGGCACGGACAUCAAUGCGCUGUGUCGCUCCCACAGUGAAAGGAUGGUGGCCGUGGCUGACGACUUCUGUAAAGUCCACCUCUUCCAGUACCCCUGUCCCAAACCCAAGGCGCCGAGCCACAAGUACGAGGGCCACGGCAGCCACGUCACCAACGUCUGCUUCACCCACAGCGACUCCCACCUCCUCUCCAUGGGCGGGAAGGACACCUGCAUCCUCCAGUGGAGGGUGAUCAGAGGCGGGCCUGGCGACAGCAGGGAGAAGCUGGCCUCCACCUCCACCAGCUCCCCGGAGCCCGCCACCAGCUAGGAGGGACAUUGCGUUAUAAACAGAGAGGGGCGGGGGGAGGCGCGUCAGACGGUAGACGGCAGCCACAGUUAUGGGCUUUGCGGUGCCACUGCUGCCAUAGUUUCAUACUGAUUGUGUAGAGGGAUCAUCUCCGGGAGGCAGGUCCACAUUAGAUUUACUUGUAGUCAUGUGAAAGUGGACUGUGGGAUUCCUCCAUCGCUCUGAUGACACGUGGUGAGGUCAUGUGGUGUAGUUAUCUGUGACAAGACCUCUAUGGUGACAGGCUUUGGUUUCAGUGAACAUUCCUGUGUUUUAGUCCACCUCGUUUACCAAACUUACCAAAGUGCUGCAUCGCAGCCUUUAAAGAUGUGUACAUAAUGUUUUUACUACUCUUUGUUUGGUUGACAUCUCAGCUGACAGUGAACUGUUUUUUUUCAUGCUUGCAUCAGACAAACUGUGACAAACAUUUUCCAAUGAAAUCAUUUAUUAGCAUCUCUGACUAAUUAAUUCUUCCAACAGCAGAUUAAUACACUUGAUAAUGAUUACUUUAGUCUAUUUUUAUGUUUGUAAGACGACAUUUGGGAAUGCAAUCAAUAAAUAACGGAAAAGUG